ACUAGGGGGCAUGGCGUAAUCAAAUUACAGAGACAGACUACAGAUUUGGACCAACGCGCUUUCCGUACUAAUGGGAGUAAAGAACAAUAUGGCGGCGUCCUGGUGAGCUGUCUUAGCUAAAAUAUAGGUGCACAGAAAUUGUCACUAUCUCUUAUGGAUAGUUAAUUGGAGUUCACUGUACAACCAGUUGGAGUAUAAAAAUACUGUACUGUUAAAUAUCUAACCGAGCGUCAUGGCGUCUCAGUGUGUAUUAUUUACAGCUCGGGCUUUCUUCAUUGCACCCCAUCGGGUGACCUGUAUACAGCAUUUCCGCGCUGUUCUGCCUCUGUCCAGGCGGUAUGUGGGAAGUAUCAAGAAUCCCAGAAUCUUGAAUCCAUUGAAAUGCAUGUCAUUGACAUCUCAUGUAAGGUUACUCCCCGUUCAACCACUUCGGAGUUCCCAUUCCGCCGUGGUGAGAGAUGUGGUGCUGUUCGAACAUGACCGAAGCCGCUUCUUCAGGCUCCUGGCUCUGUUUUGUGGAGGUCAGUUUCUGUUCUGGAGCUAUCUGGCCUAUUUUGCGUUCACGGGACUUCGAGACACGAGAAAGAGCAGCAAAGAGCCUCAAAAGGUCAGGACGGAAUUGGGACUUUUUAGCUUUGACAUAAACCUUGGAUCCAAUACCUGGAGAUAUGGAUUCACUUUCGGCUGUCUUAUUAUAGGAGGAGGAAUUGUUGGACUGGGCAUGUUGUUCAGCCGUCGCUCUGUGAGCCGUGUAGUCCUGCAUAAGGGAGGUGGAAAGGUGACCGUGUGUACCCAGUCACCCCUAGGAGUGAGCAAUGCCUGGCAUCUAACUGUACCUUUGAAUCAAGUGGCUUGUCACGCACACAGGCAGGAAUCACCCUCCUUCAUCCCUCUCAAAGUAAAAAAUCAUAAGUUCUAUUUCCUUUUGGACAAGGAAGGGAACCUGACCAAUCCGAAACUGUUUGAUGUCACUGUUGGUGCCUACAGACCAUUAUAGGUGUCAUGCCAACUGCAUGGUUAAAAACUAUAUAGAUGUUUUACUUCUGAUGAAAGUUUCUUAUAGACUUUUUCAUUUGUACCUUUGUACACACAUGUGGCAAGUAAUAAAAGCUUAAAUAGCAAUAACAUGAUUUUGAUGUAUUACUCAUUUACAUUACAUCAGUGUCCUGACUCACAAAUUCAAAUAGCAACAUGUCGAUUUUUUUCUAAUGAUAAAUAGAGGUUUGAGGAGGAGAAAAUAAAUGUUUCAUUAAUCAAGAUGGUGAACUGAUUUAUUUUACACUUACAGAUAAUUGUAUAUGUGGACUUAGUAUGAUGUAAAUGUAUUAC